CUUUAAGAGUCUGUGUGACACGUAUAGUUGACGUCCUUCAACGCAAUAUUUUAGCAUGCGAUCUUGUAAAGCUGUAUACCUUCUAUGGUGCUUCGUUCUGCACAGUAGUUAUUUACUGAGUUGUUUUGCUGACGACGCAACUAUUUUGUCCGAGGAAGACUCCACGCUUUUACCUUCGGUAACAAAUGAGGACGAUAGAUUUAAAGGAUCUCCUGCCGUCAGUAUUUUAGUAGCCUUUAGUAAACCUUCCUAUGGUCUUUACUCUGGACGUCGUGAAAUAAAUCUACCAGUUGGGAAAGUAUCAUCCGUUGUGGCCUCUCUGGCUAACAGCAUUCCGGAAAACGGAGAUCAACAAUUUAAACUGGAUUUCGUAGAAGGAGCUCUUCACUACCCUAUGUAUUAUGACUACCACAUUCAAAACUUUACCAAGCAACGCCUCCAUGAAACAUUAGAGCCUGGUCAAGAGACUUCUCUUUAUUACAGAUUCAAACCCGCUCCUGAAUUAGCUGGUCGAUCUUUUGACCUGUCCAUUGUUGUUUACUAUCACGACAAUAAUAACAUUUAUUAUGCUCACAAGCUAUUCAAUCAAACUGUUAACUUAUAUGAGAUCGAAGAAGGCGUAGACACUAAAUUAAUCUUCUUGGUCAUCUUGGUUAUUGCCCUAAGUAUAGCCAUUCUAAUCGGAAUUUGGCACUGGUUCACUUCGGUCGCUCAAAGGCGAAAUCCGGCCAAAAAGUCUUCAAAGGUGGUCGAAGAUAAUAGUGAAAAUGUAGUGGAAAACGAAUACUUGGCACUGAUCAACAAUAAGCCCCAAAUUAAAAAAGGUCGCUCCGACCAAACUGUUCGUCGACAUCAGGGUAGACGCUAAGUAAUUGAAGAGUGAAUACUUCAGCCCAGCUAAUUUUGAUUUUCCUACUAAUGUACACGUGUCGUUUGUAAAAAUUUGUGUACAGUAUCUUCAUUUUUAAACUGUCUCCGUCCCAAAGCUAUACUUUGCGUUCAGAACAUUUUUCUUUCUGUACUGUUUUGUUAAGUUUGUAGUUGUCUUUGCUAAUAAAACCCUUUCUGGUC